AUGAUCAAUCCCAGUUACCGUAAAUUCAUAACAUAUACUGUAAUCGAACAAAUCACUGGUCUCGAACCCCGUGACGUUUUCCCACGUGAUCAGUUAGAAUUGCCAAAAAACUUACCUCUCGCAGAUCCGAAUUUCCAUAUACCCCGUCCUGUCGAUAUACUAAUUGGUGCGGGCACCACAGUCGCGCUCUUACAAUCCGGCCAAACAAACAUCAGCCCUACACAAGGUGAUCUAUUACUACAAAAAACACAUUUAGGCUGGGUGGUCGUUGGGGGGUUGGGAGCCAAUAAAAAGGCACGAAUUGAUUCGUGUUGUUUGGUUAACUUACAACAAACUUUAGAAAGGUUUUGGGAGAUCGAAGAUCUAUCCAACAAAACCGUAAAAACCACUGAAAAUGACUUAUGUGAAAAAUAUUAUGUAGAUCACGUUCAACGUGCUUCUGACGGGAAAUAUGUCGUUAAAUUACCAUUUCGGUACGACGAUUUCGAUUUAGGUGAGUCUCGUUCGCAGGCACUUCGUCGAUUCUAUUCAUUACAGCGGAAGUUACAGGCCAAUCCAGAGCUGAAACUAGAAUACCACAAGGUCAUGCAAGAGUAUCUCGAUCUCGGACAUAUGUCUCUCGUUUCGGACGAAUCUCUUCCGGGGUAUUACAUUCCACAUCAUGCAGUCAUCAAAAAUUCCAGUACUACAACGAAAUUGCGAGUCGUCUUUGAUGCGUCGGCUAAAACUAGCACUGAUUUAUCACUCAACAAGGUACUUAUGGUCGGAGCUACUAUCCAGGACAAACUAUUUGAACAUUUAUUGCGUUUCCGCACUCAUGUAUUUGUCAUAACAGCAGACAUCGAGAAGAUGUACCGGCAGAUCUGGAUCGCCCCUGAAGACCGGCGAUACCACCGCAUCUUUUGGUACAACGAUGGACACAUCUCUGUAUUCAAUUUAAAUACGGUAACUUUCGGUGUCAGUUCGUCUCCAUUCUUAGCCAUUCGUACUAUACAUCAACUCGCACGUGAAGAAGCAACGACGUUUCCACUGGCUAGUUCUAUUGUUCAGCGAGAUUUGUACGUCGAUGAUCUUCUGACAGGAGCCGAUUCCUUGGAUGAAGUCCUACGGUUGCGUGACGAGAUCAUCAACUUAUUGAAGGUCGGCGGGUUCAACAUUCGUCAGUGGGCUUCCAACCACAGUCAUGCAUUGGACAACGUUGCCAGCAAAACAUUCCAGUCCACAUCUGGUAUGCCGCAGGAAGCUAUCUCUAAAACAUUAGGAAUAGCUUGGAAUUCGCAGUCAGACACUCUCGUCUAUACGUCCAAACCGAUUGCUCUCAAGGAAAAAUUCACGAAACGUCUCAUUCUCUCUGAAAUCGCGAAAAUUUUCGAUCCAUUAGGUCUACUCGGUCCAAUUGUUUUCGCAGCUAAGGUAAUCAUGCAAGAUUGUUGGCGUCUAAAAAUUGGAUGGGAUGAAUCCGUGUCCCAGGAAUUGGCAGCAAAAUGGUUAGCGUUCGCAGAGCAAUUAACUAACAUGUCGGCAAUUGACAUCAACCGUCGUCUCAUCAUCAGCCAACCCACUGGAAUCGAAAUCCACGGUUUCUGCGAUGCCAGUAAACUGGGGUAUGGAGCUUGUCUCUAUAUCCGUUCUACCAACAGCUCGAAUCAAGUCUGGGUCCGCCUAGCUUGUUCGAAGUCACGUGUCGCACCAAUCAAGGAGACUACGAUUCCUAAACUUGAACUCUGUGGGGCUCUCACCCUUGCUAAGCUAUAUCACGACGUUCGGUCAACUCUAGGAGUCUCCAUUUCGCGCUCAAUCCUUUGGUCGGAUUCCACAAUCGCUCUCGCUUGGAUUAAAAAAUCUCCAGUUUUGUUGAAGGUAUUCGAAUCGAAUCGAGUCAAGGAAAUUCAAAAACUCAGCGUCGAUGUCGAAUGGAGGUACGUGGGAACCAAAACGAAUCCAGCUGAUGCCUUGUCCCGUGGGCAAUAUCCACAAGAAUUCCAAAACAAUUCGAAUUGGUUCCAGGGUCCACAUUGGCUAUCACAGCCAUCCAGCGCUUGGCCUACAAAUCCUACUGUCGAAGUUCGCAGCCCCCCAGAUCCUAUAGAACCUCAAUGUCUCAUUGUACAAUCGGAAUCAUCCGUCGUUUUUGAUCGCUUCUCAUCUUAUUCUAAACUCAUUGUCGUCAUUUCACGCUGUCUCCGAUGGCGGUCUUCUAAUAUCUUCAAGACCGAGCAUGUGUCUGUCACUGAACGUCAUCAAACUGAAACUCGGAUUCUAUGUCAAAUUCAACAGGAACAGUUUGGAGCGGAGAUCAACAAUUUGAAAAAGGACAAACCUGUCAAGAGUGCCAAAUUAGGGGCUUUCAAUCCCUACAUCGACGACAACGGAUUACUCCGGGUUGGUGGUCGUUUAAAAAAUUCUAUGUUAACUCGCACACAGAAGCAUCCAAUUCUCUUGCCAUCUCAUCAUCAUGUGACUGACCUCAUCAUUCGUGAAACCCAUCAACGUAUGCAUCAUGCUGGAAUCCAAAGUACUCUGUUCGCUCUUCGUCAAAAAUUCUGGUUGCUUGAUGGCAAGAAUCAGGUUCGUAAAAUCGUUCACAAAUGUGUCGUUUGCAUUCGUCAUCGUCCAGAGCCCAUACAGUACAAAAUGGUGGAUUUGCCAACAUCUCGAGUCCAAGGUUCGUCUGCGUUUGAACACACUGGGUUGGAUUUUUGUGGUCCUUUCCUCAUCAAGGAAAAACGUUAUAAUCGUGCAUCUCGAUCUCGUAAUACAACUCUCAUCAAGGCAUAUGGUUGUAUUUUCAUUUGUAUGUCCACUCGAGCAGUACACAUCGAAAUCGUCAGUGACCUGAGUACUGAUGCAUUCUUAGCUAGCUUUCGACGAUUCAUCGGUCGUAGAGGUAUUCCAUCACAUGUCCAUUCGGAUAACGGUUUGAACUUCGUUGGUGCCAAUAACCAGCUUCAUGAACUUUACAGUCUUCUCCAAUCUAAGGAUCAUCAAGAUCAAGUGCUUUCUUUUUCUAGUCCACGUAACAUCACUUGGCAUUUCAAUCCACCCCUCUCGCCUCACUUCGGUGGAGUGUGGGAGGCGGCCGUAAAAUCAUUCAAACAUCAUUUUAAGCGCGUGGUUGGUACUCAAUCUUUAAUGUUUGAGGAAUUAGCCACGUUAGCAGUAGAUAUUGAAGCCAUUCUUAAUUCCAGACCUCUCUGUACUAUUUCUACUGAUCCAAACGAUCCUCUUGCUCUGUCUCCUGCCGAUAUCUUAAUCGGUAAAAAAUUAACAUCUUUGCCUGAUCCUGACUUACUUUCUGUACCAGAUAACAAAUUAUCCACCUGGAGGUUCCUUACCAAGGCCAGACAAGAUUUUUGGAAACGGUGGCAGCUUGAAUACCUCAACGAGAUGCAAAAACGUCACAAAUGGCAAAAGGAUGGUGCUGUGGAGCUCAAGAAGGGUUCAGUCGUCAUCCUCAUCGAUAAAAACAAACCCUGUAUGGUGUGGGAACUGGGAGUUAUCACUGAGGUGUAUCCAGGAAGCGACGGUGUCAUACGUGUCGUCGAGGUCAAAACAGCACGAGGAGUUUAUACUCGGAAUACUACGACGUUAUGUCCAUUACUACCUGACACUCAACCUACAUCAUAA